CAAUAUCAAUAUGGCGACUUAACACUGAAGUCUUACUCAUGUUGUGUGCAUUUCGGCGUUGUUUAUGGUAUUUUCAGCGCGAUGGAUUCAACCGAUUCAUUAAUCGACCCUCAAACAGAAGUUCAUAAGUUGCAAGAUCUUGUAAAGAAGCUUGAGAAACAGAAUGAAGUGUUACGAGGUCGACAAAAACUUCAACUGGAGUCGUUGCAAAAUGGGGAAAUAGAACCAGUGAAGUUUGUGCCAAACCAUAACAAUAACAUCUCAGACAAAUAUAAUAUUGACAAAGCAAGAACGAAAUCGGAUUCUAGUGAUACUUUUGAAGAUGAAGUAAUAGACCUGGAGAAACUUUCUUUUAAGGAUGACGAAGACAGUUGGUUGUACUCGUCGCCAACACCCCUUACACCCCUACAGUCACGAGUCAGUCCCUACAAAUGGGUGCGGCAGGAGUUCGACCAUCCAAGUCCAGAGGUGGAGUCAGUCCGCAAAUCCCUUAUUCACAGACUCGAUGAGGCUGCCCGCAGAGCAAAUGAGGAAGCCAUGUCGAGGAGUUGUAGUACGCCAGCCUUCCAGAGCCUGACCACACCCUCUCCAACACGGGGUUUCUCCCCUAUGAGUCAGUCAGCUGACAGUACCCCCCUGUAUAACCACAAGCCUGCGGUCAAGAAAACACAUACAGGCAAAAUCAGCCGCCUAGACACAGGAACAUUUACACGCCCAAAGAAGAGUCGAGAGCCCCCCCCUCCCAUUGUUAAACAGGGAAGCUGGAGUAGCCAAGAUGAUUCGCCACGGAGUGCUGACAGUUACCGUGACGACGACAAACAACAUCCAGAUGUGGCCGACAUAGAAAACCUUGCAAAACAGCAGGAAGAAAGUCUGCGACAGAGUUUGAGCCAGAACCAGUCUUCCCCAAGGAGAGGUAAAAGGUCUCGGCAACCUGCUCAGUCUGUUGUCGGGGGUAACAAUGAUAUAGAUAACAGUGCCUCAAAUAUGGGUUCAAAUCGCUCAAGUCCCUGUAGGCAAGAUGGUGAGCGUAGGAACAGUCAGAGUAAUAGUAUAGGGUCUGACAUUAGUAGUCCUCCUGACAGUCCGUAUGGAAGUCAGUAUCUGAAUCCUCCAAACCAAGGAGAAACACCCGGGUUACGGAGGAGUUUACAAAAUGUCUCUCGGAUAAGUCAGCCACCUGGCUUCCACUCCAGCGAUCCUUACUUAGAUAAUAACUCGUCUGGUGGUAGUGAUGAUUAUGAUCGUACGGCCCCAGAGCCCCGCCAGUUAUCACGCCUACAACCACAGGUGCGACCUGCUUCUCCGAAUGUCAGUGGGCUGCGGCAGCCUACCCAGGUGCGGCGAGGCCUGUCUCCACAGAGGACUGGGCUCCCGCAGCCAGCCCGCAGGUCCAUACCACGCCCUGGGAGUGCAGGUGCGGGGGCAGGAAAGUCAGGGAUAGCCACGCCCAGGAGGUCAGCUAUACCCUCCCCACGACCAGCUGCAGGCUCCAGAUCCUCGGACGAAAGCUGGAAGGAUGGCUGUUUUUGAUUGUAUGGAGUUUUUCCUGGGUACUGUGAACGUAUCUCUGGAACUGAUUUCACUAUACAAGACGCUCAAAGGAUCUGACUAAAUUGCAUACAGAUAGUAGUAGGCUUAAAGCUUGGACCAUCUGGAAAGGACAAACUUUUGUGAUGUCUUUCAAGACAUGUUUUUAUGAAGCUUUUAUGUUUGAAAAAUUGAAUUAUUGUUUGGAAGAUUUGUUCUCAUGGAAUUAAUCGUUAAGGCUGCACAGUUUUCAAAAUUGAUCCUGAAUUUGACUGAUGGUGUAUGUAAGAUUGCAAUUUAGUCAGACCUGAUCAGCAGAAAACCUUGCUGUUACCCAACAGCAGUAACAUUGUCCCAAGUAUUAGCAGAAGGUAUAACCACAAGCUGGACAUCUCCAGAGUGACCAAUAUCUGCAGUAUAGAGAAAAGUGAUGACAGACAUACAAGGAAUGAUUCCAUAAGGGAUUUCAUGCGGGAAUAGGAAACAGAACAACAUCGGAUGAAGAAGUAGCAGAAAUUCAAAGUUCUGUUUUUAUCAUUGUUUUACUAAAUCUUAGUAGAAAGUGUAUCAUUACUAACGAUGCUGACUGUGCAAUACUUUUUCAUCGCAACUUCAAACCAGAAAUCCCAUCUACUUCCUUCAAAAAAUGACACGGACAACCCUGCAUUACUGGCUGUUAACUUUGGGUGAUAUUGUAGGCCUGUGUCAAACGUAGAAAAAACUCAGACAAGGUGGAUUAGGCUCUUGUGUUGUCCUAACUGAAUAUUACGGUCUGCCGUAUGAUUUACUAUAGGCUUGCUACAAUCAAUUCCAUGUUUAGGGAAGAGGUAAAUCAUCAUGAAACCAUUUUUCCCUGUAAAUGUUAUGUAUAUUGGCUUCAAAGUAUUGUGAUAUAUUUGGAGUGAACUUGAUAUUUUUCUUGUUUAUGGGGUUGCUUCCUGAUCAGAGUUUUCUUACACCUUAACCCUUUAAUCACUGGAAACCAUGAUGGACUCAUCCAUUUCAUUGCAUGGUAGAGUCUACUAAAGUUACAUAGGGGUGAAAAGGUUAGGAAACUAUACAUUUUAUUUUCUCUUCAUGUAGUAAGUAUAACAAGGGGAGCUAAGUGUCGGCAGGUUUGUUUUCUUAAUAAGUGGUGUGUUCAUUAUUUUGAAAGCCAUAUUGAAUUUUAGUUUUUUAGCGCAUUAUAAAUGGUUUGUUUUUUAGAAUCGGAUUCAAUGCAAAAAAAAUAGUAAUAUAAAAUACAGAACUUUUAGAAAAUUCAAAUGAAAGGAAAUGACACAGGCGGAAUAGGUAUACUAUUCAACUAAAUUAAAGGGAGACAAUUGCAAUCUAUACAAUGUAUAGUACCUUAAUGUGCCAGUUACUGAACCAGUGAAGAAAGUGUAAACUACACGGGUAAUUAUCUGUUAGGUGUUUAAUGUGUAUCUAAGUCCAGUUUGAGGGUAUGUUGAAUUUCAGACUUUCUCAAUAUCCAUUAACUACCACAAUAGUUUUAUGUUUGGAAUACCUAAUCAGUUAUCAUUAUGUAACAGUGUGUGCUAUACUAAUUGAAAGUCUGGACUGUAGAUUUUAGUCUAAGUAAUGUUAUCUUAUAACUGUUGUUGCAUAGCAUGGGCAGAAAGUCUCAAACCACCAAAAAAUAAAGACAUCAAAAACAAAUUCAAAUAGAGAAAGAUAGCCCAAAAAUGUUGAAUCCUUAGAGUAAAGCAUUUGGUUUAGUUAGAUUAACAGCUAUGGUCAUUUAAAGAUGAGUCAGGUGUUAGUGGUGGAGGAGACCUGGAGUACCCAGAGAAAAAACAAUGGCCUGCAGACAUCACCAGGCUUUGAACCUGUGACCCAAUUGUGGAGGGCUAGUGAUCGUAGACGGUCAGACACCUAAACCCUUUCACCACUGUAGACCAUAAUGGACUCAUCCAUAUCAAUGCAUGGUAGAGUCUACUAAGGUUACAUAGGGGUGAAAGGGUUAACCUCUCAGCCACUGCACCCCUCUUAAAAGUGAAACUUAUGAAACUUGGUGACAAAACAAAAAAACCUUCAGAUAAAACCUGGCUUAACUUUGGGACAAAAUGAAGAACAACCCAGAGACAAAGCAGACAAAACCUACAGACAGUACAGAUUUUGCUAUAGUAUCAUAUAUUACUCAUUUUAAAGUAUGAUUACCGGUUAUUUGCUGUUCAAGUUUCCAUUAAUUAACUUUUAGUGUUGUAGAUCCAUAUGUAUUUAAUAUAAAGUACAUUAUGACAGGAACAAAGAGAAAUAAUUUUAUAGUGCACUGUAAGACGGAUGUGGCCAUAUAUUUAUAUAAUCAAAAUUCUAGAGAAGUAAGUUAUCUUUCAGAUUUAUGGUAGCAGUUGAUUCAUGGUUUGUUAAUGAUGUGUUCACUUCAUAAGGAUUUGAUUCAUUAUCAUCUCUCUGACUCCCUUAUUUAUUUAAACAUAGGCCAUCAUUCAUGUGUUGAUUGUAUUUUGUAUAUAUGCAAACAAUGAAAAAUCAGUAUGAGUUAUAGAAAUUUCAAUGUUAAAACUAAUAUUGUUACAUGUAGUGUUUUAUUUUCUGAAGACAAUUUCUAGGAGUUAUAAGAUACCACAACAUGACAUGGUCCCACUUGGCUGACUCACCUCAAGUCUCAAAGUUUCAACCAUUGUGAGAUUCUUUGUCGCUUUAGAAUUGUUAGAAACUGUUCUUGACUGAUAUUUUUUGCAAGUGGGGCCUGAUCUGACAGAGAAGUAAUAUAAAAAGGGUAACAUAAAUCAAGUGUGUAGAAUUAUAUAUACAAUCACGUAAUUACCAAUAAAGUUUGCCUUUCAUUGUUUAGCAAUUUGUGAUAUUCAUCUAUUCAUAGAUCAAACAAAUUCUUGUACUAACCCAUUGUCUGGUCAGUUUACAUACCGUAGAGUUUGUUGUAGGUGUCUACGUGGCAUCUUUGUACAGGUGCUGCAACUCCAUAAUCCUUUGUCGUUAACUGAAAAAAUGUUACUAAUUAUGCUAAGACAUUUGUAUCCCUCUGAAGGGCAUGCAUACACAUGACAAAAAGGCAUUUCAUUUUCUAAGGCCAUUGAAUUAUUUUCUGCAGAAGUUUAAAGAAUCGCUCAGAACUUUUCCAUAUGCGCUUUUCAAAAAGACCUUGUGUAUAAAGAAUUUCCCAGUAAAAACCGUUUGAUGAAACAUGUGAUAUAUAUUAUGUACUGCCGUGAUACAUUUGUAUUACAAAGUCUCUCCAGUGUGUAGAUAUGUGUACUAGACACGCAACACUUUAACAUUGCCGUAUUGUUGUACAUAGUCAUUCAUAUGUGUGCAGGUAGAAAGGCGUUAAGCUCGUGUUUUAUCAGAUUUACUCCCGCAGUAAGGUAGAGCUCUGUGAGGUAAAGCUCCGUAAGCUUGUUUCUCAAUGUGAAAGAAUGUUGGAAAAUUGUGACAGAUGGUGAAUGAUCUAAGGGAGGUAACUAUAAACACUGGUGUUAAUAAUCGUGUGUAAAUUAUUCAAUGUUAUGUACCAAUAUAUUGUCUCAGUUUCCACAUCCAGUGAUUUGCUCCUGAUACUUAUAUAACCGAUUGGCGACAUGUUUAUUUGAUGAAUAUCAAAACACAACAUUCGUAAUAACCAGUUAAGGAAGUUUGAUCAUGUUUAUGUAAGUAAAUUUGUAUCUCGAUUAGAUUCUAACCUUAUUUAGAACUGUAAGGAAAUAAAUAAUCGCUAUUCUAAUCUGCUUAAGUUUCCGAUACCUUAUAUACAUUGUAGAAAUAUCAAACAUGCACGAUUUUUGUGUACUUUUAUUCCUAUGAAUCCCUUUGAUUUGUUGGUACAUGUUUGAAAUUAUAAUUAUUUGAUCACUAUUUUAAAUUUAUAAAACAUGAAUUAAGAUUUCUAUUUGGUAUUUUAAAUUUUUGUAGAACAACCUACUCUACGCAGUGUAAGAAACUCAAUGAAGAUUUUACUUAAUGUUCAAUGAUUAAAAACGCUUGAAUUAAAUUCUUUGCUCAUCUUGCCAUAAAAGAAUUGUCACACCCAUCAUUGAAAUGUUGGCUAGUGUAAAUAUGCUGUUGCAAGAAAGUGUUUAGAUUUUAUUAUUUUUACUUUUUACUAACAAGGAAAUAAUGAUAUCAUUGAUACAAGGGUUAGAAUUAAUUGUGAAUAAAAGAUAGGUUUCCGGUGAUUUUUGACAUUGUUAUAUUAGAUAAAGAUAUAAAGAUUGUUUUUUUCUCAGCAUCCGAGAUAUUUCAAUGUUUCUUAAAUACAUGUAACUCAAGUGAACGGAGAUAAAUGCCAGAAUGAUAACUAUGGUUUGGACUAGUUUCGGCCAAUAGAAGAUAGAUGUAGAUACAAUUAAUGUGCCACAUUCUAUUACCAAUUGUAUAUACUGACUUAAUACGUGAUUGCAAGGUAGAAUCCUAGAAUCCUAAGAUAAGAUUUUCAAGCAUAUCUUAGGAUAAUAAGAUUGGUCAUCUUUGUAUGCUAUAUACAUGUAUUCUUAUUAAUGAAUUACAAUAAAUGUAUGUCAAUGAUUCUUGGAAAUAUGGAAAUAUCACCGUAAACCUAUCGAGUAUAUAUACAAACACACUGAGGUGAUCAAGAAAUACUUGUAAUUUGAGUUAAGAAAUUAUUAUUGAAGCAAUUUUUGCAGUUCAUGUUAAAUUUUAAAAGACAGGAAUAUAAAUGUUAGGAACAGUAAGUAUCUGAAGAGUGACUAAACUUAGGAUAUCAUGAAUGGUUUUAGUAUUUAUACGUUAAUACAUGUACGUUACAUAUCAUUUGUGUUUUGUUGACUGCAUUAUAAUUAGCAUGCCCUAUUGGAGAACCGUUAAUCAAUAUCUAGUUUUCAUUAGCAUUGAACUUUAAUAAUUCGCUUGGAUAAAGAUAAAUAAUAAAUCUGUUUACUUCCACGAAACAAUACACUAUUACAGUUAUUUUGUGACUCUGGAUACAAGUAGAGUAAAACAUGUAAAGGUUAGGGACAGCUUCCCAUGUCAUGGCUGAAGGUCAGAUCUAAAGAUCAUAGGUCUUUUAUUAUUUCAAAAUUUAAGUUUCAUGAUUACAUAUUGUAUGUUCAUUGUAAACUCUUUUAAAGUGUUUCCAUGUAUAUUUUAUUAUGAAUUAGCUUUUAAAGCAGGGAUAGUUCAGUUUCUAUGGCCCUCCUCAAGUCAUUGGUAUGUAUCAUAUUUGUUGGUGACCCCCAUGGUUCAGCUUCUAACAUUGUCAAUUGAUGUCAAGCAAAUAAAUGUAUCAAGACGAGGAAGUUUUAUCCAUAGAAAAAGUGCUUUUAUCUGGAUCAUGCACCUAGCCUUCAUUUUCGAAUGUUUUUAAAUAUGUAUUCCAUCAUUUGUAUGUUUAAGCUUUGGAAAUAUUUUUGUGGCUACAUUACUUUUAAAUACCUGCUUUCUGUGUUUCUCGUAUGUCGCUCUAGGAAAAUUAUCUUAUUUCAGCAUUUUAAUCACAUGAUCUCAUUAUUGUAUGUAAAUUUGACACAUUUAAGGAGUCAUGAAACUGUCUGUGAUGAAUCGACCAUUUAUAAAUUUUGUAUAAUAAAUGUUGAAAGGUCUUAAUAAGACUUGUAUCUAGGUUGUAACAAAUUUGUUUCUAUUAUAGGUAGUUUAACAAUGUAAUAAAAACAUUACGCAAUAUGCUAUUGGAAUGUUCCUGCUUUUCAAGGUAUAACAUAAAAGAUGAUAUCAAUCAAAAUUGUGAAAGCACGAGUCGGAAGGUAGAGUACUCUAGCUGCUGUUUUUGAACACUUAAAUGAUUACUAGUGUUCGUGAAUUCGUCAGAUUUUCAGUUGGGUUCACCAAUGGACAGUUUUAUGGCUUCCUUUCUUUUACUUUACAUGUUGGUAUUGUUUUAUAUCAAACACUGGUCCAGACUCUUCAUUGUCCCUAUGUGUUGUGUUGUAUGAAGCAUCAGGAACAAUAAGCAUCUCAACCACACUGAAUAACAUUAUGCAAGAGUUCAAUAUUUUUAAGAUACAGCAGAAAACAGCAACAAAAAUAUCGCGAAAAUUUUAGGGUUGUAAAACUGGUUGAAUUUCAGUAAUCAGUUGCUCGAAAAUCUUCCGACCGAGUAACCGUUUAAUGGACGGCUAACAUUUGAAAAUCCUUAAAUUUAUUUUGUCUUUGAAGUUUAUCAGGUUGAACAGCUGGACACUUUUAUUGGACAUUAAAAUCGGUGUUUACGGUUUAUUGUUGUAAGAUUUUUUCAAAAAUUCCAUCUCUAUCAGUAAGGUCCUGUCGCUUCAUAGCAAAGCUUUCAAGUCGGUAGAAGGACAGAAGGAACCAAAAUGUUCAAUGAUAGAUCAAAAUGCCACUGACCGACCAUCGAUGACACUAUGAAGAGUGGGACUGGUAGAAAUGUGUUAUCUGUAUGUGUGUGUAGCCUGUUACUGCACAGUGUUGGUGAUCUAUACUUUAAUCCUAGUAUACAGUGGUGGAAGACGUAUAUAGUACAUACCAUUAGUAGAGACAUACCGAGCAAACCUCUGCAAAAGAACAAAUUGUAUUAUAAAUAUUGCAGUGACGAGGCUUCACGAGCUUUGUCAUCAAGUCACAUGUCCAAUAAACAUGUACUUUAAACCCUCAA